CAUGUUGAUCAAUGGACGGUCAUUGAACAAUGUCUAUUGUAUCACCAAACCAAUUUUAUUUAUUUUUUAUUUUUUGCCCCCCUUCCUCCUUUUCUCUGUCUCUUUUUUCUUCUUUUUGUGUCUCUAGUGUUUCUAUGUUUUGAUCCCUUUCCUCUCAUUUUCUUUUUAUACAUAUAUAUAUAUACACUUCAUAUAUCUUUAUUGGUUAAUCCUUCUCCUACCCAAAUACCCCUCCUCCUCCUCUUUCUUCAAUAGUUUUUUUUUUUUCUUCAUAGUCAUAUAUAGCAUUCUUAUCCAUGUGGAUUAUCUCACGUAUAGUAAGUAACUCAAUUCUUCUUUACAUAUAUAUAUAUAUUUUUCGACUUGUUAGUUGAACAUUGUUUAUUCUUUGGGAGUAUUUCUCCUUUUUUUUUAUCAUUUUUAUUAUUAAUAUUAUUACUAUUAUAUAUCAUUUAUACUAUAUUGUACUAAAAACAUACUUAGUUUGUAUCUAGUUCAUUCUUUUCAUAUAUAAAUAUAUGUUUGAUCUUAUUAUUCAACAAAGUUUACUCAUCA